UACAGGGAUUCAGAGAUGGUCAGAGGAGGAUCCAGAAGCCGAGGCAGAAACUUCGGGGGGGCAUUUGGAAGAGGAGGAAGGAAGAAUUGGAAGACUUCAACCUUGGCAACUACCCUUCGAGACCUUAUAAAGCAGGACAGCCAUGUAGAGCAUGCUCAGAAGAUGACACCUGUCAAAAUAAUCUCUGUAGAAAUCCAAAUCGUGAGAGAGAAAACAGCAAGCUGAAAAACCAAAGAUUAAGAAAAAUGAAAUUCAUAUUGUUCAAUGGACUUUGGAUAGCAUGGGAGCUCUCUGUCGGUUGUUCUACUUAUGAUCCAAUUUCCUUGCCGGAUAUAGAAGAUCAACAUUUUAUACAGGAUUGUGUGAACAAACACAAUUCUUUUCGAUCUAAGGUGAACCCCUCAGCCAGCAACAUGUACCACAUGACCUGGGAUCCCGCAUUGGCAAAGACAGCCAAAGCAUGGGCAAAAAAAUGCAUCUUUGAUCAUAAUAUCUAUCUAGAAACUCCAGGAAAGGUUCAUCCUAGCUUCAGCCCAAUUGGAGAAAAUAUUUGGACAGGCUCAUUCUCUCUCUUCUCUGUAGAAAGAGCCCUCCGUGAGUGGUACAAUGAAGUCAAUGACUACAACUUUGAGAGCAGAGUGUGUGCUAAAGUUUGUGGUCAUUAUACUCAGGUUGUUUGGGCAACAAGUUACAAAGUUGGCUGUGCAGCCCAGUUCUGCCGGAGAGUUGUGGGCUAUGAAAGCCUCUCCAAUGGAGCACACUUUGUCUGCAACUACGGACCAGCUGGGAAUUAUCCAGUGAAACCAUACAAAAAGGGAAGACCAUGCAGUGAAUGUAAUGGUGAAAAGUGUAUACAAAACCUAUGUGAGAAUCCGGAACGUGAUCGAUUGAUAGCUGUCUGUAUUUUAGGCUACCCCAAUUGGUCUCCAGACUGGGAUAUACCUAAUCAUGGAACAAAAUCCGCAACAAAGGCUCCUCCACGUCCCAUUCUUCCACAUCCUACCAAGCUUAUGCCACCACAGAAGCCCUCCCAUUUCGCUCCUUCAUACCCUACUGCUCCUGUUUCAUCACACUCAGCAUGUGACUCAUACUGUAUUGCUGUUUUAAUUUUAAGAAUAUUAUUUGUAUUAUUGACUAUUGUCAUUGUGGCUGUGUUAUCCAAUCAGUUUCCUCAAAUAUUUAUGUAUGAAUAAUCUCCCUUGGAUGUGGCUUCCAAAGAAUGUUUGAGUUUUAUUCAGAUGGUAAUUUUUUUAAAAAUAAGGUUUUUGUAAGCUUUUAGGCAUCAGUGUUUGACAUAAAAUAUUGCUAGCAUAACAACACUAUGUUCUAAAAACAUAAAAGCAGGAACCUUGCAUUUAAUCUUCCAAAUCUUUUGAUUGGCACUCUAACCUAGAGUACUGUUACUCCAGCUACUCCUGUACCAGAGCAAGCUAGUGAGAAACUGAGUCUCUAGUUGGCAUCUUGUGUGUCUUUGGGGUUUCACUCUUAGAAAUCCAUUCUUUUAAGGCAAUAUUCUUGUUCUGUGUUUCAAUAUUGCACAUGAUAUUUCUUUUCUCUCUACACCCUGUUUUUUGCCCACCUUCUACAUUCUGCAAAGUCCUACACAGUGCAAUGGCCUGAAUUGUUGAACCCAUGUAACAUCCUGUGCAUCUUGGUUUCCUGUGUGAAACUACACCCUUUACACUCAAUUUCAUACUUUUUAAAACCUUUCACAAGAGAUCAUAAGUUUAAGAUAUAAACUUUUGCCUUUACCAAUAUCAGAACUAUCACUGGCUGGAAACAUUGUUCACAGCACCCCAAAAUACUAAGAAUUAUUUCCUUGAAUUCAUAAUACUGUCAACACAAAUAGAGUCAGACAUAAUUUGAGGAGCCUGGCCUGUUUUGAUUAGUAUGCUAAAGAGCUUGACAUUACUGGCUUAAAAGAACAAAAACUCCAUUUUGGGAGACAGGCAGUAAGUAGUAGAGCAGUCAGAUCUAGUGAUUUUGUACAUUGCUGUCUGUUGCUUUAUUUCUAUCACCCUUAAGUAUUCAUAUAUACUCUAGAUGGAACCAAUCAGACUAUUCCAAGAGAGGUAAAUUAAAAAUUAUACUCUUCCUGGACUGAUUCAGCCCAUAAAAUGUUUAAUUCAACUUUUAUUAACAAUGGAGAAUGAAAAUCUCUUCAACUUCCUUGAUUGACUUUUCAGAAGCCACCUUCUUGUAAUCUUUGUGACUGCUAAGAUAUUUAAUGGUUCACAUCAAAAGGAGUAUCCAGUCUUUACAGUCCUUCCCUAUUAAAAGGGUGGGACUCUGUGAUGCGUCCUUCCCUGGCUCUCCCUGUCAGGUUCCUACCUGCUCGUGGUUACUGCCUGUCUCUAGGCACCACCAGGGACUCCACCAGUCCGGACCGCUCUCUCUUAUGAUUUCUCUCCCCGCUCUAGCACAGAUCUCAACAGAUCCCCCUGCUAGGCAACCACCAGUAACGUCCCAAUACUAGUAUUCCCAGAGACUCUGAAUACUGGUAUUGUUAUUCUCUUCACCGCUGCCACCAUUUGUUACAGUUCCCCUUCAGCCUUGGUCAUUACCUUACCCUCCCUUCUGGUCUGUGAAACCCCAGCCAAGGAUCAGGCCUUUGGUAAACCAAAUUAAGUAUUUAUUACAGAUAACAAAGCUAACAAGAUUAACAAGAUUUCUUCUUAAGGCACAUAAGCAUAUGGUUUUACUCAAUACUAAUCCGAACUCCACCUCCUUCCUGGUAAACAACUCUCUAAACCCCACCAAGCAAUCCACUCUUUCUCUUCUCCCCCCAGAUUCCACAAUUCACCACCUCACAUUCCCCCAGAUUUACCUGUCAUCCUUUCAUUUAUACUGUCAGCCAUUUUAAACAUUCAGCCAAUCAUCAAGCAUUCUAUUGCCCAUUCACUCCCCCUCCUCUUUCACUACUUACCAUGUAUACUCUAAACAACCAGCACUUACCAUAUAUACACUAAUAUAUAGGAACAUCACAGACUCCUUUCAUGGGAAAACCUUAUGUUCUGGGAUAAACUUUUUAACUGUUUGUUGUUCAAGAACAUAUACUUGAGCACAAAAAAGACUGUCUGUCUUCCUCAUAGGCAUUGGAUAUCACUUUGAAAAAUAGAUCCCUACUCUUAGAACUUUGUAAGCAACUAAUGCAAACAUGGAACUAAACCCUUUUAUUUCUUUUAUAUUGGAAUUACAAUUGAUCUGCUUUUCUAAAAAUAAGCCUAUUUUUAAUCAGUUGCAUUAAUUCUGAUUCAAAGCUUUUGCCCCAUCUACAUACUAAAUACACUGUUGUGGUAUAUUUUACUGCUAAACAUACAUUUGCAAUUUUUGUGUGUGUAAGAAACAAAGGGAACUCCAAAUGUCCAGACAGCAUGUGAUUACUACCUUUCUUGUACCCUAGCGGCCUCGAAGCUUCGGGUAAAGUAUCUAGCCAACAAGCAGCUGGCCUGACAGCUGCUGUUAUGUACAUGUUUUAAUCCCUGCUUUUGGUGGGUAAUGAUAGCGCGUUUUGUAUUUAUAAAUUUGUAUAAAUUAUAUGCUUAUUUAAAUUGCCUUCUGUACCGGCAUCUCCUGCUAAGGCCUAUGGCCAGGCAGUAAACAAUAGACUGAAAAACUAAACCUUUCUUGUAAAUAUAUAAAAAGGGAUGGAAAGAUCUGCCAAUUUCGGUUUUCUCAGUUUCUCAUUUUUCCAAUCUUAAAUUCAGUUCUCCAUAUUUCUGCAGCAAUUUGCACUUUAGCCCUAAUGAAAAUUCUUCAGCAUUUUAGGGCAGAUUUCUCCUAAUAAACACAUAUUUGUAGGAAGUUUUGACUAAUGUACACAUUUUUGCAAGCCCUUUCUUGACAUCUAAUGCAUUUUUGCAUGUUCUUUCCAUUCAAAUAUUCAUUUUUAUGCACACCUUCCCCUAAUAUAUGCAUUUUUGGAAACACUGUUUGGUUGGCGAAAAACAAAAUUCAAGUAAGUGCAAAUAUCGAAAGAUGGCUGUGUUUUGUUUCUCCUAUUGUUUCGGAAAGGGCAAUUUGAUAAAUUUGGCUUGAAAUGCAAACAAUAGAAAUUCUCACCCACCCCUAAGAUAUACAUAAACAUGGUCUGAGGGUUCUAUGCUGGCAUAUUGGUUGAUACCUCUGUUCCUAUACUUCAUGAUUCUUAAAUACUAAUAAAUGUAAACCAAUUUCCCCAAAAAAUUAACAGUGAUGCCCCACUGAAUGCUGUAGGAUUUAGCAGAGCUUGGAAAAGUUACUUUUUUGAACUACAGCUCCCAUCAGCCUAAUCCAGUGGCCAUGUUGCCUAGGGCUGAUGGGAGUUGUAGUUCAAAAAAGUUACUUUUCCAAGCUCUGGGAUUUAGGACAGACAAAAGAAAGUACUUCUUCACACAGUGCAUAAGCUAUGGAAUUUGCUCCUGCAGGAGGCAGUGAUCACCACCGCCUUGUAUGGCUUUAAAAGAGGAUUAGACAAAUUAAUGGAGAAUAAUGCUAUCAAAUUAAUUAAUGGAGGAUAAAGCUCUGCCUUCAUGGUGAGAGGCAGUGUGCUUCUGAACACCAGGAAACUGCAGGAGGGGGAGUCGUCUUGUGCUCAGGUCUUGCUUGUCCCAUAGACUUCUGGUUAGCCACUGUGAGAAGAGGCUGCUGGGCUAGAUGGGCCAUUGGCCUGAUCCAGCAAGCUGUUCUUAUGUUCACUAAAUAGUGCUGAGAAAAGGCACUUAAAUUGUAUUAAUAGUAGGGCUGUGUACUGGACUGUAUAAAUUACAAGCCAAACUGUGCCAGUUUGGUCUGAUUUGUAUCCUGUCCAGAUCAGGCUGAAGCAGCUACAAAUUUCUACAGAGUGGAUUUGCUAGGCUUGAAUUGAUUGGUAAAGAUCUGUAGCUCAGAACAGUCUCUAAUGAACCCAGACAGUGUGGCUCUGAAAUGGAACAAUUACAACACCAUUUAAGGAGAAAACCAGGGUGGGAAGAGAAAGAGGAAGGCUAGAAUGUUAUCACCCCACCCAGCACUUUCCAAACACAGUGCUUGGAAGGGGUGAAGUCUUAGAAAAGAUUCCUGCAUUUUAUCUUAGAAAUGUUUGGUGGGCGUUGGGUAGCAUUUGUUCAGCUUGUGUAUAUUUGCUCUUCUUUCCCAGUCAAUUCCAGUCCAGUCCUUAUUUACAUAUUUUUAAAAAAGAAAUUGUGGCCUGUGUUAUUUUUUAUUUUAUUCUCAUUGCUAAAAAUUAUUAUUAAACCUUGCUAAGAACCGUUAUUAAACCUUGUGGGCAUAUUUAGCCACAGCUUUCUGAAUUCAGUGUUUUUGUUAUUUUCCAGUUGCUACUCUCAGACAAUAAGAAGCAGUCAGCUUGUGGAGUUACACAUCGUUGUUGUUGUUGUUGUUGUUGUUACUAGCCAGCCAAACCUUAUAGGCAUACUACCUAGCAUUCUGAGUUAAGAAUUAUUAUUUCCAGUUGCUAACCACUGUGAAUAUUAAUAUUAAACAGUAUUUUUAUUUUUCCCUCACUUCUGCUGUUGGCAAUCUGUCCCCUACAUGAGAGGGUCUUUAAAAAAAAGUCCUUGGAAAAAGCAAAUUUUAAAGAGGGCUAGCAUGAAAACUGCUGGAAUUAUCCACCUGAAAUUUGGCAGGGUUAAUUUUCUUUAUAGGAGUCACCAGGUAGCCAAAUUUCAUGACCCAGUGUGAAAAACAAAACCAGUCUGCUUUAAUUUUGAAACAUUUUGAAGUUUAAAGGUGGCUGGCAUGAAAACGUUUGGAAUUAUCAACCUGCAACUUGGCAGUUUUAAUCCUCUAUAGAGCAUCUACCAUAUCUCCAAGCCUCAUAUCACCAGGUCAAAAAACAAGAAAGUUAUGACUGUUUUGCUUUUGCAAUGUAAGUCGGGGAUUUCUGGAUUUAUAAUAUCUGCAUUGUGAUCCUGAUUGGGUCCGAAGCUGUCCAGACCGGAUGGAGCCUGAUCUGUAGUUACAAAUCAGAGUGACAAAUUGGAUUGGGGGCCCAUAGUCUAGCAGAGUUGCUAUCAAGCAAAGAUGUGCAAUCCCACAUUAAUGAAGCAUUUCUUAUUGAAAUCCAUAUCCCAUUUAAAUCAAGAAGACUACAAAUCUAACAACAUUGUAAAUCUAUUGAUGUUGCUUAACUUUCAUUCUGUCACUGAUAUAUGUAACUCCAAUUCUACCAGCAAGGGGAAUAGCAUGGUUAGAGUAUCACCCCACUGAAAACACAAUAUCUGCUUUAUCCAUACGUUAAUGUCAAAACUGCACCGCACUAGUACAUCUGGCAUUCUCACAUUAGUGUACAAAACUGGAAGAACAAUGAAGAGACCUUUAAAUUAUUGCACUUCAUACACUUGGGAUUCUGGACUAAGUACAGACCAGCAGAGGUAUGUUGAUAAUGUGAACUAUUAUUACU